CGUUGUGUGUGUGUGAGUGCCCAGAUGUGCCGGCCACGUGUGUCUGUGUCAGAGUGUGGGGCCGUGGCAUCUCGGGGGGGGGCUCCCACGCUGAAAGCUCACCAGCUUUGGGCAUGACUGGGCGCAGGGAGGAGGGCACGGGUGCCCUUUCUAAGUGGGAGCCUGAGCGUCUCCCCCCCCCUCCAUGGGAUUCAGAGGGGCUCUUCCCACCUCAGAAGGGCUGGCCACGCUCCUCAGUUUGCAGCUUUUGUUUUCUAGCCUCUGGACUUUUGUUCGAUAAGAUGAUGGAGGAGCAGAGCGUCCCCGAGCAGGCGGCUGCUGGGAAAAGCCAUGGAGGCUUGGGAGGGAGCUUCAAGGUCUCCAUCUUUGAGCUGGAGAACUUUCAGGGAAAGAAGUGUGACUUGUCCACGGAGUGCCCCAACCUGACAGAGAGUCUGCUGGAGAAGGUGGGCUCCAUCCAGGUGGAAUCUGGCCCAUGGGUGGCGUUUGAACGCUGCGCCUUCCGCGGAGAGCAGUUUGUCCUAGAAAAGGGGGAUUACCCCAGGUGGGACGCCUGGUCCAGCAGCCAUCACAGCGACAGUCUCCUCUCCCUUAGGCCCCUGCACAUCGACAGCCCAGAGCACAAAAUCCACCUGUUUGAGAAUCCAGGCUAUGGCGGCCGCAAGAUGGAGAUCGUGGAUGACGACGUGCCCAGUCUCUGGGCCCAUGGCUUCCAGGACCGGGUGGCCAGCAUCAGAGUUAUCAAUGGAACGUGGGUAGGCUAUGAAUUUCCAGGCUACCGAGGGCGCCAAUACGUCUUUGAGCGGGGAGAGUACUGCCACUGGAACGAGUGGGAUGCCAAUCAGCCCCGGAUCCAGUCUGUCCGGCGUAUCCGGGACCGCAAGUGGCAUAAGCGUGGCUGCUUCCUCAGCAGCUGAAGGAGACUUAAGGGCCCCCGUCCCCCACCCUCCCCAGGCAGCCGACCCACCAAGAAGAGAAAGCUCUAGGGGUUCUCCAGCCUGCCGGACUCUCCUCUCCCCCUUGCAGCAGAAACUCCUCAAUAAAGCCCUGGCGCUCCCAGGUCCCGUCACCC